AUGGAGCAGCGCUUCACCUGGACUGCAGCUCACCACGAGGUUCCCGGUCAGCCCGAAAGCCUUCGGCUCAUCCUCCGGAGGGUCCCGGUUCCAGCCUCCAGCAGCUCCACACCUGUCAGUCCCCCUGGCAGUCCCGUAAGGUCAGACACACAGUUUACAUCUAAUACAACUGAUGUGGCUGCAAAGGAGCAACGCCACAAGACCUUUGCGGCUCUCAGUGAGAUGGUGAAAGCCCGUCCUCCUAAGAGGGCAUCCACUGAGGCUCCUGAAGCAGGCCCAUCAAAGUCCUCUGGUAUUUCUUUUAAACUGUGGUCUGAAGAUCUUACAGGGUGUUCCACAGAAGACGGUGUGGAGUCCAGGCCUGGUGUGCAGGUGUGGUACCCUGAACCAGCUGCGACCCCCGGACCAUCUGCUCCACAGAGGUGCCCAAGGAGAGUAGCUCGGGUCUCCAGGGCUGCCCCAGGACGGGGCCUUCUGAAGGCAGCUCUGGCCCCCAGUGCUGCUCCAGGACCUGGUUCUCUGAAAGCAGCUCUGCCCCCCAGUGCUGCUUCAGGUCCGGGCUCCUCCCGUGCAGCUCUGGGUGCCACUGCUGCUCGAGGACAGGGCCCUCCAGAGGCAGCUCAGGCGCCCAGUGCUCCUCCAAGACUGGGUCCUCUCCAGCCGGCUGAGCCUCGCCCACUGUGGGAUAUCCCUGAACCAGAGUGGGCGAGAGAGGUAAGACUGUACAGGGAGGCGAGAGAGGAGUGGUUUAAGAGCUGGUGGAGGAGGAAACCAGCUCCUAAACCAAAAGGUAAGUAUAGAGGUAAGUAGUUUCACUCUUUUAGUGUAGGUAGUCCAAAUUUAAAUGAUUAUUAUUAUUAUUAAUAUUAUUCUUCUAUAAUAAUUUCCAUUAUAACAUUCCAUUAUAUGCUUGUCUGACAAUUGUAAUAUUUUUCAUCAUUAUUAUUCAUAUAUAUAAUACACACCACACCACACACACACACACACACACACACACACACACACACACACACACACACAACCACAAAUUCUGUUGUUUGUUGUUUGUUGUCUGUUUUGCAUAAAAAAAUUUUUAAAAAAACUGUGUCUGUGAAGGGGGAGAUUAGUUUUUAGUUUAGUUAGUUUGAUGGGGGAGACAACAUAAAAGUGGACUCAGUAAAACUAAAGCAGGUAAGAGGUCAAAGGUGACGAGGAGUUAUAACGAAGGAGAACAGAGGUAAGGAGGUGAGUGGUAUUCAUUUUAUUUAAAAGGUAAGUGUUUAAUAUUUAAUAACAUACUGCAGAAUAUUUAGCCUAUGUUUGAGUUUUUUGUGAAGAUUUUAACUGUGUUUAUUUUUCAGGGAAGGACAAAGCAAAAAGCAGAGAAGGGGAGAGGAGAAGGGGAGGUGUGGAGGAGGUGAAGGAGAGGAGGUGGGAGGGCCAAAGAUUUCAACUGUCAUUUUAAAAGGUACUUAUUGAUACUGGUUUACUUCAUCAUGAUUUGGUUGAUGCAAACCGCUAUUGUUUGCAUCACAUAUUUUUUUUCUGGUACUUAUACUUUCCUUGAUUUAACUUUACAGACAGAGACAGAAAAUAAAGGAGAGGAGAGGAGAGGACGGGAAAGCAAAGCAGAGGAGAGGAGGAGGUGAAGGAGAGGAGGUGGGAGGGCAGAAGGUUUUAAACUUUCACAGGAACAGGUACAUAACAAUAGUGGUUUACCAUUGUUCCACUUGUUUUAAAAUGUCUUUUGUUUUUCUCUCUUUUUGCAUUUUUUACUUUAACUUUCCUUUCGUCUGCUUUUCUUAUAGAAAAAGAGGAGAGAAAAGACCUAGAGGAGAAAGGAGGAGAGGAGAGGAGGUGGGAGGGCCAAAGUUUUUCAACUCUCAAAGAAAAAAAGGUUCAUAUCAAUGUCACUCUUUCUUAUUUCCACUGAAUCACAUUAAUGCUGGUUCAUAUUUACCUGAACUUUCUGUUUUUCCAAAUUUUCCUGCAGAGAGAGAGAAAAGGAAGACCAUGUGAAGGAGAGAGGAGAGGAAAGGAUGGUAAAGGAGAGGAGAGGAGGUGGGAGGGCCAAUUAUUUCAACUGUCACUGUAAAAGGUACUUAUUAAUACUUGUUUACUUUAUCAUUGUUCAGCUGAUGCAAACCUUUAUCAUUUCCAUCACAUGUAGUUUUUUUCUGGUACUUACACUUUCAUUUAAUUUUACCAACAGAGACAGAAAAGAGAGGAAAAAAAAGGAGAGGAGAGGAGAGGAGAGGUGGUGGGAGGGCCAAAGUUUUUUAACUCUCACAAAAAAAAGGUUCAUAUCAGUGUUACACUUUCUUAUUUCCACUGAAUCACAUACAUGGUGGUUUGUCUUUGUAUUUCAUAUUUACCUGAACUUUAUGAUUUUCUAAUUUUCCUGCAGAGAGAAAAUGAAAACCAAGGGAAGGAGAGAGGAGAGGAAAGGAUGGAGAGGGAAAGGAGAGGAGAGGAGGUGGGAGGGCCAAUUAUUUCAACUGUCACUGUAAAAGGUACUUGAAUACUUGUUUACUUUAUCAUGGUUUGGUUGAUGCAAACCUCUAUCAUUCCCAUCACAUGUAGUUUUUUUUCUGGUACUUAUACUUUCUUUAAUUUAAUUUUACUGACAGAGACAGAAAAAAGAAGAGAGGAGAGGAGAGGUGGUGGGAUGGCCAAUUUUUUUUAACUCUCACAGAAAAAAGGUUCAUAUCAAUGUUACUAUUUCUUAUUUCUCAACUGAAUCACAGACAAGGUGGUUUGUCUUUUAUAUUUACCUGAACUUUCUUUUAUUUCCUAUUUUUUCUGCAAAGAGAGAAAAGGAAGACCAAGGGAAGGAGAGGGGAGAGGAAAGGAUGGGAAAGGAUCGGAGAGGAGGCGGGAGGGCCAAAGUUUUUUUACUCUCACAGAAAAAAGGUUCAUAUCAAUGUCAAUCUGUCUUAUUUCCACUGAAUCACAUUGAUGCAGGUUUAUCUAUGUUUUUCAUAUUUACCUGAACUUUCUGAUUUUCUAAUUUUCCUGCAGAGAGAAAAUGAAAACCAAGGGAAGGAGAGAGGAGAGGAAAGGAUGGAGAGGGAAAGGAUAGGAGAGGAGGUGGGAGGGCCAAAGGUUCCAACUGUCAAUGUUUAAGGUACUUGAAUACUUGUUUACUUUAUCAUGGUUUGGUUGAUGCAAACCUCUAUCAUUCCCAUCAAAUGUAGUUUUUUUCUGGUACUUAUACUUUCUUUAAUUUUAUUUUACUGACAGAGACAGAAAAGAGAGGAGAGGAGAGGACGGGAAAGCAAAGCAGAAGAGAGGAGGAGGUGAAGGAGAGGAGGUGGGAGGGCAGAAGGUUUUAAACUUUCACAGGAACAGGUACAUAACAAUAGUGGUUUACCAUUGUUCCACUUGUUUUAAAAUGUCUUUUGUUUUUCUCUCUUUUUGUAUUUUUUACAUUAGCUUUCCUUUCGUCUGCUUUUCUUAUAGAAAAAGAGGAGAGAAAAGACCUAGAGGAGAAAGGAGGAGAGGAGAGGAGAGGAGGUGGGAGGGCCAAAGUUUUUUAACUCUCACAGAAAAAAAGGUUCAUAUCAAUGUCACUCUUUCUUAUUUCCACUGAAUCACAUUAAUGCUGGUUCAUCUAUGUUUUUCAUAUUUACCUGAACUUUCUGAUUUUCUUAAUUUUCCUGCAGAGAGAGAGAAAAGGAAGACCAUGUAAAGGAGAGAGGAGAGGAAAGGAUGGGAAAGGAUCGGAGAGGAGGUGGGAGGGCCAAUUAUUUCAACUGUCACUGUAAAAGGUACUUAUUAAUACUUGUUUACUUAAUCAUUGUUCAGUUGAUGCAAACCUUUAUCAUUUCCAUCACAUGUAGUUUCUUCUGGUACUUAUACUUUCUUUCAUUUAAUUUUACUAACAGAGACAAAAAAAAAGAGGAAAGAAGAAGAGAAAGGAGGAGAGGAGAGGAGGUGGGAGGGCCCAAGUUUUUUAACUCUCACAGAAAAAAGGUUCAUAUCAAUGUUACACUUUCUUAUUUCUACCGAAUCACAUACAAGGUGGUUCAUCUUUGUUUUUUAUAUUUACUUGAACUUUAGGUUUUUCUAAUGUUCCUGCAGAGAGAAAAUGAAAACCAAGGGAAGGAGAGAGGAGAGGAAAGGAUGGGAAGGGAAAGGAUAG